UGUUCCGAAACCCUAAUUUCAUCAUCCCUACCAGAGUGUCAGCGGCGUAUCAUAGCAGGAAAAGGCAAUGGCACCGAAGCAACCAAACAGUGGGAUUUCAGUUGGGCUAAAGAAAGGGCAUAUUGUUACCCCAAAGGAGUUGGCUCCUCGCCCUUCUGACAGGAAAGGGAAAACAAGCAAGAGGGUUCAUUUUGUGAGGAGUCUGAUUAGAGAAGUUGCUGGAUUUGCACCUUACGAGAAGAGAAUCACUGAGCUUCUGAAAGUUGGAAAGGACAAGCGUGCCCUUAAGGUAGCCAAGCGAAAGUUGGGCACCCACAAGAGGGCCAAGAGGAAGAGAGAGGAGAUGUCUGGUGCUCUCCGUAAAAUGAGAGCUGCUGGAGGUGCUGAGAAGAAGAAGUGAAGACUGUUUUCCGAGUGAAAUGGAUGGAUUACAUUUUGUUUCGAGUUUUGAUGUAUUUUGUUUCUCAUUUAGAAGAAAAAACCAUGUCUUGAACCUGAUUUUUCGCCUUAGCAGCAACUUAUAUUUCGUUAUUCCAUCUCUGCUUUUAUAUAAUUUAGACAUUAAUUAUUUUCAGUUAUCUUUCAGAAUAUGGGCGGAUAAUUGAAAUGUGUGUUAUGGUCUUUAC